AUGGCAAAGGCCAAAAGUCAGUUCAUCACUCACCUGUCGAGUUUUGAGUUUCAUGACCACGCUUCCCAGAAGCUGUUUAGUAAAGGGGAAGCAGCAGCUAUCGAGACAGAGCUACUGAAGGACUACAGGUUCGGACAGCAGCAGCUGAUAGAGAUUUGGGGACAAGCGUGCGCUCUCGCCAUCACUAAGGCCUACCCUCUCAGCUCUCUAGCAAAGAAGCAGCCAACAGUGCUGGUGAUCUGUGGUGCAGAUCAAAAUGGCUCCAUUGGCCUGGUGUGUGCCCGACACCUGCGCAUGUAUGAAUAUGAGCCCACCAUCUACCACCCCAAACGCUCCUCUCAAAGUCUACACCAGGAUUUUACAGUUCAGUGUGAGAAGAUGGACAUCCCAUUCCUCUCCUAUCUCCCCACAGAGGUGCAGCUCAUAAAUGAUGCCUACAACCUAGUGGUUGAUGCCAUGCUGGGUCCGGACGCAGACUGUGCCAACAUUAAAGAACCUUACUCUGGUAUCCUGGUCACCCUGAAGCAAGUCAAGACCCCCAUCGCUAGUAUUGAUGUGCCCUCAGGUUGGGAUGUAGAAGAACCAAGUCAGGAUGGGAUUAACCCUGAAGUUCUCAUCUCACUUACAGCUCCAAAAAAGUGUGCCAUGAGUUUCUCAGGGAAGCAUUUCUUGGCCGGACGCUUCCUGCCCUAUGACAUCCAGAAAAAAUACGAGCUUAACCUCCCAGAUUACCCUGGCACAGACAGUCUCGUAGAGUUGUAACACAUGGGAAACAUAAGAGCCAUCGUGGCCACUCCUCAUUUUCAGAACUGUAUGUUUAAUCUAUUCUCUUGUUUUGUAUUUUAUAGAUUGUUAAUGUGAUUUAAUGUUAACAUCUCAGCUAUGUAGAUCAAGCUACACAUUAGCCAAAUGUGCUGUUGAGCUACAGUAGAAGGAUAAUAUUAGAAACUGUGGUUUCUGUCAUGUCUAAUGGGGAAAUGGCAUGAGGAGUCUUUUGUGUCAGUCUACUUGUAAAAGCUGUAGCAUUACACUGUUUUCUGAUUACUUUGCAAAAGAAAGACUUUUCUUUUUCGACAGUCAGCAAGGGAAGAAACAUUUUCUUGGAAGUCAACCACUGGAAUCUUUCUUUUUCUUCUCCAAAAGUUUCUUUUUUUUAAUAUUCAUGUUCUGCUGCUUUAAUGUUCUUCUGAUAAAUUUUCCUUUUAGUGUGCUGCUGGGAUGAAUUGAUGUAGGCUGGCAAAUUUGGAUAUUCUUUUUCUGUGAAUUCUUAGUUUUCUUUCAGUCAGCCGGAAAUUCUAUGGUAUCUUUGUUUAAGUUACUUCAUUAGCUGUUACAAAUGGCCCCGACAGUCAUCUAAUAAAACUGUUACUUUUAAAGGGA